UCUACCUUAUCUGUCAAAAUUCGUGAUCAUCACGUUUCCAAAUGCUACUUACUCACUUGAAAACUCUAAAUAUUCCACCAUCCCUUCUAUGUCGAUUUGAUUUAGUGUUCUUGGAGAAAAAUGGCUUGUGAGUUAAUGAAAUUCCCGAAAUUCUCCACGAAGCUAUUGAACAUAUGUGUUGAUUCUCUCUGCAAAUUCCGAAACUUGGAGAAAGUCGAGUCCUUGAUCAUAGACGGAAUCCGAUUAGGUGUUCUUCCCGAUGUCGUCACUUACAACACGUUAAUCAAAGGGUACACUCGUUUCGUCGGAAUCGACGAGGCUUACGCCGUAACUCGUCGGAUGAGAGAAGCCGGAAUCAAACCCGACAUCGUUACAUACAACUCGUUGAUCUCAGGAGCCGCAAAACACCUAUUGCUGAAUCGUGUCCACCAACUGUUCGACGAAAUGCGUCAAUCACUUUUAUCUCCUGACAUAUGGAGUUACAACAUUUUGAUGUCUUGCUACUUCAAGCUCGGGAGACACGGAGAUGCGUUUCAGAUACUUAACGAGGAUGUAUAUCGCGCCGGGCUGUCUCCAGGUGUUGAUACUUUCAACAUCCUGCUCGACGCGCUUUUCAAAAGCGGUCACACGGAUAAUGCGAUCGAGCUCUUUAAACAGCUCAAGAGCCGGGUUAAACCAGAGCUCAUGACGUAUAACAUUCUCAUCAACGGUCUUUGUAAAUCAAGAAGAAUGAAUUGCGUGAAUUGGAUGCUGAGAGAGCUCAAGAAAUCGGGUUACACUCCGAAUGCUGUUACUUACACGACGAUGCUUAAGCUUUAUUUCAAGACCAAGAGGAUUGAGAAAGGGCUUGAGCUUUUCUUGAAGAUGAAGGAAGAAGGGUAUACAUUUGACGGGUAUGCGAAUUGUGCGGUGGUUAGUGCUUUGAUUAAAACCGGAAGAGCAGAGGAGGCGUACGAGUGUAUGGUAGAGCUUGUGAGAAGCGGUACACGGAGUCAAGACAUUGUCUCGUACAACACGUUGUUGAAUCUUUACUUUAAAGAAGGGAACUUGGACGCAGUGGAUGAUGUUUUGGAGGAGAUAGAGAUGAAGGGAUUGAAGCAUGAUGACUACACGAACACGAUCAUAGUCAAUGGUUUGUUAAGCUUAGGGCAUAUGAGAGGAGCUGAGAAGCAUUUGGCUUGUAUAGAAGAGAGAGGGGAGCAGCCAAGUGUCGUCACUUGUAACUGUUUGAUUGAUGGGUUGUGUAAAGCGGGUCAUGUAGACCGUGCGUUGAUGUUGUUUAGGUCGAUGACGGUGAAAAAUGAGUACGCUUGCACUUCUGUUGUGCAUAAUCUAUGUAAAGAUGGGCGGAUAGUAUGCGCUUCGAAAGUGCUCUUGUCUUGUUACGAAAUGGGAAUGAAGAUUCCAUCAUCAGCAAGACGAGCAGUGUUGUCUGGUUUACGGAUUACGGUAUCUAACCAGGCGGCGAGGGAGACGGAUAUCAAACUCCAAGCUGCUAUUAAGCGCCAUGCACUAAAGCAUCCUAGGACUAAAGAUAAAGACUGAGUUUACUAUCUAGACGUGGACAAAUCUGACAACAACAGUUUCUGGUCUUCGUCCUCUUUGUUUUUCUUGUCUUUCUUUUUCUCGGACUUCGUAAAUUGGUACACACUUCUAUUAAUCUCUCUACAGAUGCACAAGUACAAAGAUCUGUUGCAAGUUUAGAGAUGGAUGCUUUCAGAGAUUUUACAGACAUGAACACGUGUUUGUUUGUUGAUGCAACGAAUCAGAUAAGAGUAGACACGUUUGCUGAGUGUAAAAACAUUCACAGGAAUCUUUUAAGUCAAAUUAUUGGAACUUGGAAGCAAACGGACAUUGUUGCUUGUCAAUGAAAUUAAGAGAUGGGAAAACGGCC